AUGGAGCCGAGGGCGGGUGUCUCCAAGCAGGACAUUCGUGAGCGCAUUUGGGACUACAUGGAAUCAGAAAACUUGGCUGACUUUCCUCGACCUGUUCACCACAGGAUCCCCAAUUUUAAGGGGUCUUACCUGGCUUGCCAAAACAUCAAAGACCUAGAAGUUUUUGCCAGAACUCAGGAAGUUAAAGUGGACCCUGAUAAACCACUGGAAGGCGUUCGGCUGCUGGCACUGCAGAGCAAGAAAACAUUGUUGGUUCCAACACCACGACUGAGAACGGGAUUGUUUAAUAAGAUCACACCACCCCCUGGGGCAACCAAAGACAUCUUGAGAAAAUGUGCCACCUCUCAGGGUGUGAGGAGCUACAGCGUCCCUGUCGGCCUGGACUCCCGAGUCCUGGUGGAUUUAGUUGUGGUAGGAUCUGUCGCCGUUUCUGAGAAAGGCUGGAGGAUCGGGAAGGGAGAAGGCUAUGCCGACCUGGAGUACGCCAUGAUGAUGUCCAUGGGAGCCAUCGGCAAGGGAACGCCUGUGGUCACCGUUGUACAUGACUGCCAGGUCGUGGACAUUCCUGAAGCGCUCCUGGAGGACCACGACAUCACUGUCGAUUACAUCCUCACUCCCACCAGGGUCAUCGCCACAGACUGCCAGCGCCCAAAGCCACUGGGAAUCAUGUGGUCCAAGAUCAGCUGUGACAUGAUGGCGAAAAUCCCCAUACUACGGUGCCUCCGUGACCGAGAGCAGCAGGCCGGGAAGGACGUCACCCUCCGGGAUGAGCCCCGGCAUCUCCCGGGAUCCGGCCAUCUGUUGACAGCUUCCCCGAGUGGGGGCAGGAGACCCCAGGAUGCACCAGGGCCAGGGCCCAAAUCUGAGGGGGCAGCCCAUGGCUCCCUGCAGGGGAAGGGCACCCCACCUGUGGCUGACGUUUAUGUGGGGAACCUCCCCCAGGAUGCCCGUGUGAGUGACCUCAAGAGGGCCCUGCGAGCACUGGGCAUGGAGCCCCCAUGGCUCACCUGGCAGGGCCCACGGCGCAGGGCCUUCCUGCACUACCAGGACCCAGCUGCCGCCCAGAGAGCCAUCUCCUGCCUGCAGGGCCUGCGCCUGGGAGCCGAAACCUUGAGAGUGGCUCCAGCCAGGCAGCAGAGGGACAAGUGACCUGGUGAACGGCCAGGG